CCGUGGGAACAGGCUCCGCCCCCUGACGCCGCGGAGGGAGGGACUGACGCUCUGCCCGUCCAAUCGGCUGCGGCACAGCCCCUUUCCGGACGGAGGGUGGGCGUCGGCCGCCAGACGUCACCUUUGCCGUGCUGGAAGCGCAGGCCGAAGCCCAGAUGUGGUUCCCGGAGGAGGCGGCGGCGGCGGCGGCCGAGGAGGAGCUCCUGGACUGGCUCCUGGAGGGCGGGGCGGCCCCUGCGGCGGGGCUCCUGAGUCAUGAGAAGGGCGGCGGCGGCGGCGGCGGCGGCGGAGACCUGCUGGCCGAGUGGGGGCUGCGGGAGCCGGAGGUCCCGGGGGAAGCGGAGGCGGCGGCGGCGGCGGCGGCGCUGGAGGACUGGCUGAGCGGCCUGCUGAGCCCCUCGGGGGACGAGGAAGGCGGCGGCGGCGGCGGGGGCUGGCUCCUGGGGGCCUCCCCUCCCGGCAGCGACGCCAGCAGCGGCCCCUCCGAGGGCUCCUCCUGCACCGGCAGCCCCCCGGCCUUGGAGAGCGUCCGCGCCGACCACACCUACUCCCUGGACCCCCCGCAGCCCCUGCCGGACGGCGACGUCGCCAUCGACCUGGAGAUGUGGGGGGACGCAGAGACCCUCAAUGACUCCUACAGCAGCCACGGGGACUGUGACUUCCCUGUUACUGUGCCCAUCGAGGAGUCCAGCCCUGAAACAGGUCUACAGUUCCGUUUCCCUGAGCUGAUCCUGACCGUCGAGGAGCGGAGGCUUCUGGAAAAAGAGGGUGUUUCAAUUCCGUCCAACCUCCCCCUAACCAAGGCUGAAGAGCGGGUCCUGAAGAGAGUCCGCCGGAAGAUCCGCAACAAGCAGUCAGCUCAAGACAGCCGUCGAAGAAAGAAGGUCUACGUGGACAGUCUGGAGAGCAGGGUCGUCGCCUGCACAGCCCAGAACAGUGAGCUCCAGAAGCAAGUGCAGCUGCUGCAGAAACAGAACAUGUCCUUGUUAGCUCAGCUGCAGAAGCUGCAGGCCCUGUUCCGCCAUUCCUCCACCAAGACGACCACGGCCGGCACCUGUGUCAUGGUCUUGCUCUUGUCCUUCUGCCUCAUCCUCCUGCCCAGCCUUCAUCCCUUCGGAAGCCAGGAACGGCAGCUGGAGUUGCAAGGAGUGUUAUCCCGGAGGCUUCGUGGGUAUCCAGGCGACGGAGGGCAACCACAGGCUGAAGUGCCUCAGACUACAGGAGCAGCCAGCCGCCCCUCUGCUGGCCAUCUGCUGCACCUUGAGGAGUCACUGCCCGGAGAUGCCCCACAGGCCCCAGGGAGCCUCAAUCAGUCUCUGGAGGACAGCCGGCGCCCCCCUGAGGCACAACCAGCUGCCACAGCAAACAGCAGCUCCUCCGGGGACCCCUCUCCCCAGCCCACCGGGCUUCCGCCUCCAGAGGAGCCGUUCUUGGGGAAGCGCACGGCUUUCCUGCCCACCUUUGCCGAGCAGAAGCAGAGUUGGGUGGACCAGACCACGAGUGUGAUCAUCCAGCCACACCACUCCGAUGAGAUGUGAGGCCACGGGAGCAGAGAGCUGUCUGCCAGCAGCAUGAGGCGCAAAGACUGUCCAAGGCUCUGCCUCCUGGGCAUGGACUUCGCAUGGGCUCAGCAAGGAGGUUGGAGUUUGAUGAAGCACUUGAAAUGCUUUCCCCACUCCCAAAAACCCCACCAGCAGCUCUUCCCGGUACUCAGGAAAAACAGCCCCGGCUCUUGGGAGGAGCUCCAGCGCUGGCUUGGGGCUUGGCUGUGAGUCCAGAGGCGGAAAAGCUCGCAAAUGCUCUUUCUGCCUCCAGCUCUUGAUAUCUGCUGAGCUGCUCCUGUUCCCCUGUGGCUGCAGUCGUGGCCCCCUCGGGGUUCGCCUUUGAAUGCUCUCCCUCUUCUUGUGAGCUGCUCCCUUGCUUUGCACUUCUCCUGCAGCAGUAUUGGCAUCCCCUCUGACGAAAGGGGGUGUGAGCCCCCUCUCCCUGGCCUGCACGGCUUGAGCCAUGCCGGGAAUAGCAGGAGGCGCUGCCUGUCGCUGAUGUCCCUUCAGCCUUGCCCUCCCUUCUUCAGGAAAGACCCUUCCAACAGCUGUCCUUCUGCUCGUCAUAGUAUCAUAGAGUUGGAAGAGACCCCAAGAAGGGCCAUCCACUCCAACCGCCUGCCAUGCAGGAACACACAACCAAAGCACUCCUGACAGAGGGCCAUCGAGCCCUGUGGCAACCCCACUAGUCACUUCUUGCCAGUCAGUCAACCAAUUGCCAGUCCGUUUAGCAUUGUCUAGCCCAGAUUUCACUAGCUUGCUUGCGAGAAUAUUAGGGGGCACCUUGUCAAAAGCUUCAGUAAAAUCCAGGUAUGCUACGUCCACAGCAUUCCCUUCGUCUACCAAGCUUGUCACUC